AUGUUCCGCAUCCAGCCCGCACGCGCAGUACAACGCGCAACCUUUGCCCGCCCUGCCGUCAUCCGCCCUCGUUUCUUCAGCACAACACCAGCACGCUUCGCUCAAAAAGAUGCACAAGACAAAGAUUCGCUGAAGCCCCGAUCGACCGAAUACGCAAAGUCUGGCUCUGACGACGGCGCCGCACACUCAGACGCAGCUUUCAAUCCCAACAAGACAAGCCCAGAGGAGGCAGAGGCAACAGCAGAGCGCGAGGCUGGUGGCUCUCAGAACAGCUUGAACGUUAGCCCUGGAAACAAGGACGUCAGCGAACCUAACAGUCCCGAUGUUGGUGGAAAUGGAGGAGCACCAGACAAGAAGAGCAGUGGCGGAGGCAGCGCGCCCAAGAACAGCACAGGAUAG